AUGAAGUGUUUCUUCUUCAAUAAAAAAUCCAAAUCAGACCCAAAUUUAAACGCUAAAAAGAAGAAAAAAAAUUCCACCAGUGCGAAUUCAUCUCCAUCACCAAGAAGCAUAAAAGAGAUAUACAAAGAGAAUGAACACAAUUUCAGAAUUUUCACUGUGCAAGAGCUUGUAAAUGCAACAAAUGGUUUCAAUAAGAUGCUGAAAAUUGGAGAAGGUGGUUUUGGGAAAGUAUAUAGAGGCACAAUUUCUCCUGAAAAUGGAAUAGGUGACCAAGUUCUGGUAGCUAUAAAAAAACUCAACACUCGUGGACUUCAGGGGCAUAAAGAGUGGCUUGCAGAAGUACAAUUUUUGGGGAUUGUGAACCAUCCAAAUUUGGUGAAACUUUUGGGAUAUUGUUCUGUAGAUGGUGAAAAGGGGAUUCAACGGUUAUUAGUAUUGCAGAUUAUGCUUGGUGCUGCUCAAGGGUUACAGUAUCUACAUGAAGGAUUGGAGAUUCAGGUGAUCUACAGAGAUUUUAAAUCUUCAAAUGUGCUGUUGGACAAGAAAUUCCAUUCCAAACUCUCAGAUUUUGGUCUUGCUAGGGAGGGCCCAACAGGUGAUCAGACUCAUGUCUCCACUGCAGUAGUAGGGACAAGGGGUUAUGCGGCACCAGAGUAUAUUGAAACAGGUCACUUAAAAUCAAAGAGUGACAUUUGGAGUUAUGGUGUGGUACUUUAUGAGAUUCUCACAGGAAGACGAACAAUAGAGAGAAAUCUUCCGGCAGCGCAACAAAAGCUUAUAGAAUGGGUUAAAAACUACCCUGCUGAUAGUGGCAGAUUCACCCUGAUAAUGGAUCCUCGACUCGCGAAACAAUAUUCUCUUAAAGCAGCUAGGAAAGUUGCUAAGUUGGCAGAUAGUUGCUUGAAAAAGAAUGCUGAAGAUAGGCCAUCAAUGAGUCAGAUUGUUGAAAGCUUGAAACAGGCAUUGCAAUGUUCAUAA